UUUUACGUCGUUUUCUAUUUUACUCGUGUUCGAAGAACACACAUUUUUAACAAACGUGCGUUUUUGAAAAACAAAAGCCCAAUUAAUGCCAUAAAACUUUGUUAAUUUCAUCUAAUUAUUCCAAAAAGUAAUUAGUUAGUGAGUUAAAAUAUUAAACAUAACAAUGGACCCCAAUAAAACAGUAAAACAAUUCCAUGAAAUGGAAUUAGAUGAUAGAAUUCUAAAGGCUAUUUCAAAACUAGGCUGGACAUAUCCAACCUUAAUUCAAGAAGCAGCCAUACCACUUUUGUUGGAGGGAAAAGAUGUUGUUGUCAAAGCUCGAACCGGCUCUGGAAAAACAGCCGCCUUUGCUUUGCCAGUGAUACAGAAAAUCCUAAAUUCUAAAUUAAAUGCUGCCGAACAAGCUAUUAGCGCUUUAAUUCUAUCACCUAGCAAAGAACUAUGUCAGCAAACUCGAGCUGCUAUGGAAUUAAUGGCUUCCAAAUGUGGCAAAGUUAUUCGAAUUGUCGAUGUCUCUUCGAGCGAUGUUGUGGCUCAAAAACACGCUCUAUCUGAAAGACCCGAUAUUGUCAUCACAACACCAGCAAAAAUUCUUACGCAUCUUCAAUCAGGAGCUAUUGAUCUGAAGAAGUUAGAAACGUUGGUGGUCGAUGAAGCAGAUUUGGUGUUCAGUUUUGGUUUCGAAAAGGAUUUCAAGAAACUUGUCGACUUUUUACCUCCGAUUUACCAAGCUGUUUUGGUAUCAGCAACUUUCACAGACGACAUCAAGGAUAUGAAAAACUUAAUUCUUCAUAAUCCAGCGAUCUUGAAACUCGAAGAACCCGAACUAGUCCCAGAAAGUCAACUCUCCCAUCAAAGAAUUCUCGCAGAAGAAAACGACAAACCAGCAAUUCUCUGCGCUCUCUUGAAACUCCGACUUAUUCGAGGCAAAAAUGUAAUUUUUGUUAAUUCUGUGGACCGAUGCUACAAACUUAAAUUGUUCCUCGAACAAUUUAGCAUCAAAUCGUGCAUUCUGAAUUCUGAGCUCCCUACAAAAAUCCGAAUUCAUACAAUAAAUCAAUUUAACCAAGGUAAUUAUGAUUUCAUUAUUGCUUCGGAUGAAAAUAUGCUGGAAAAUCCAGGACGUGUGAAGAGUGACACAGAAGCAGGAGCAUCGAGAGGAAUUGACUUUCAGUGUGUGUCGAAUGUGAUAAACUUUGAUUUCCCUCUGGAUGUAAAUUCAUAUAUUCAUCGAGCUGGACGAACAGCAAGAGGAACGAAUAAGGGAUGCGUCUUGUCAUUUGUUAGCAUGAAAGACAAAGAAGUCAACGACGCUGUUGAAGAUCGUCUAAAAAGUGGUUACACAAGUGAAGAUGCCAUCAUAAAGAAUUAUCAAUUCAAACUGGAAGAAGUCGAACCUUUCCGGUAUCGUGCCAAGGACGCCUGGCGUGCAAUAACUCGCAUAGCAGUGCAUGAAGCUCGUUUACGUGAAAUUAAAACAGAAAUUUUCAACAACGAAAAACUAAAGAGUUUCUUUGCCGACAAUAAUCGUGAGUUGCAAGUACUACGUCACGACAAACCACUGAAAGUGGUCAAAAUUCAGCCCCAUUUGUCACAUGUACCCGAAUAUAUUGUUCCAAAAGCACUCAAGCGCUUGGCGAGCAGUACGAAUCAACGUAGUUCCAAGCAAUUCAAGAGUUUCUCAGCGGCUAAAUCAACGUACGAAAGUCAACAGGACAAUCCAUUACUUUGUUCGGACAUUGACUACGCCAAGAAACGUGGUCCUCGAAGAAAAUAAAUGAAUAAAAACAAUUUUUUUUAAUGUCAACCAAAUAAAAUCUUUUUUCUUGUUUUAUUAA